AUGAAAGUGUUAGGUAUUUUUUGGAACAGAUGCACAGAUAAUUUUGAGUACGUAAUAAAUUUAACUGACCCAGAAGAACAUGUAACAAAACGGAAAGUUUUAUCAGAUGUUGCCAGACUCUAUGAUCCUAUAGGAUGGAUUGCCCCAGUAAUAAUUACUGCUAAGAUUUUCAUCCAGAAAUUAUGGAAAGCAUGCCUUGACUGGGAUGAGAAAUUGCCUGAAAACCUUUUGUCUGAGUGGUUAACCUUUAGAUACGAGUUAGCAAACAUCAAAAAUAUUUCUAUACCACGGUGGCUUGGUUCAAAAAAGGGGUCUAAAUUAGAACUUCACGCAUUCUCAUAUGCAUCAAGUGUAGCCUAUGCAGCUGAAAUUUAUCUCAGAGUGGUAAACGAUAACAAUAAAGUACACGUGAAGCUUAUUACUGCCAAGACUAAGGUUGCACCAAUAGAAAAGGAGGUGACCAUACCCCGCUUGGAACUUUGCGGAGCAACUCUAGCUGCCAAAUUAUUAAACGAGGUUUCGCAAGUAAUGGACAUACCUCAUUACAGCCCUUCACAAGUCCACUGCUGA